AUGUCUUUCACCCUACCAUUUUAUCGGCAGGAUGAUCAGCUGCCUGGACCUCUGCCCACUCAAUUUGAAAUCCGCACUGCAAAGAAACUUGUACCUGAUUUUGGCGGAAGUGUUGUUGUUGUUCGCGACCUUUAUGUGGUGAAAUAUGGGACCUUCCUCACUGACAACGAGGGAUUUGCUCUCUUGUUUAUUGAGGACAGACUAUCUAUCCCAGCUCCCAGACUCCACGCGAUGUACUGGGAGGGAGGCCGGCUUUACAUUGUAAUGGAUUAUAUCUCCGGCAAGACUCUAGGCAAAGUGUGGCCAUCGCUUUCCAAAGCCAACAAAAGCUCCCUGAUCGAUGAGCUUCACGCAAUAUUUGCUCAUAUCAGAUCACUGCCUGCCCCUGGAUUUUUUGGUAGCAUCGCAAACGGACCUGUCGCGCAUGAAUACUUCUACACCCAAGAAGGAUGCCGCGAAAUCGAAGGUCCAUUCGAGAAUCAAGCGGCGUUCAACAAGGCGCUAGCCCUUUUUGCUAGUGAUGUCGGCAAUCCUUGGACUGCUGAAUUCUUUCUUCGUCACCUCCACUCAUCUCCCCUCGAAGGAGAUAAAGCUGUUUUCACCCAUGGCGACCUCUACCGAGAGAAUAUCCUGGUGAAACAAGUCAACGAUAUAGCUGCUGCUAUUCCAGAGUAUCAAAUUGCGGCUAUCAUUGAUUGGGAAACCGCUGGAUGGUACCCUGCUUAUUGGGAGUAUGCUAUUAUUUAUCCUGUUUUCCGGUGGAAUGAUGACUGGCCUGCGGCCGUCAAAGCGAUUCUCAGCCCAUGGCCCGAAGAGGCUUUGCUUCUCAAAUUCUUGCAUCUCAAGACCAGAUCUUACAUGGUGACCGUGCAGGAUACUUAG